UCCCUCCCUCGCAGAGGCAGCUCUCAUCCUCGCAGCCUCACUCUCUCCCUCGCGGCUCACUCUCUCCAUCGCAGCUGACUCUCGCAGCUCUCACUCUCUCCCUCGCAACUCAGAAUCAAGGUUGGGAAGCAUACGGUGGUUGGUUGCUGUUCGAGAUUGGUCCUGCUCUCGGGGGUUUAAGCGAUUGCAUUGCUUUCUUAGAUAUAUGUAAUGGUGGAGCCUAAGAGGCGGUGAACAAUGAGAUGCACAUUCCUUUUCGAUCUAGUUUUUAUUUGUGUAGCUUUAUUCAUACGAAGUGCAUUUGUAGUCACUGAUUAUAAAGAGGGACAAAGAGAAGGUGCAUUCUCGCAUUUGUGUUCUACAUUAAGCUUUGCAGACAGCCAAAACAAUGAGAAAUGGUAAAAUAUUCUCUAACUCAAUAUCAGAAUCAUGUUUUGAAUUUCUCAGCCAUUGGUCAAUGGAACUCCAGAAUCAAAGAAGCUGUGAACCAUGGAAAGUCCCACAAAGCCCUCACCCUCUUCCGUCAAAUAAAGCAAAAUGGCAUUGAACCAAACAAUUUGACAUUCCCCUUUGUAGCAAAAGCCUGUGCCAAGAUCUCUGAUCUCAAGUACUCCCAAAUUGUUCAUACUCAUGUGAUGAAAUCUCCGUUCAACACCCAUAUCUUUGUGCAAACUGCAAUAGUUGACAUGUAUGUCAAAUGCAAUCAGCUGGAUGAUGCACACCAGUUUUUUGUGAGGAUGCCUGUGAGGGACAAAGCUUCUUGGAAUGCAAUAAUUUUUGGGUUUGCUCGAUCAUGUUAUCUUGAUAGAGUGUCAUGUCUUUUACAUGACAUGAGGUCUGAAGGGAUUCAGCCUGACUCAGUUACAUUUAUGGGUUUAACUCAAGCAGUUUUGCAUACAAAGAGUGUGAAAUUGGUGAAGUCACUUCAUUCAUUUGGAAUACAACUUGGCAUAGGUGCUGAUGUUUCAGUUGCCAACACUUGGAUUGCUGCAUAUGCCAAAUGCGGUGACUUGGGGUUGGCAGAGGUGGUAUUUAAUGAGAUCAAUAGAAAUUUCAAGACUGUUAUCUCGUGGAAUUCCAUGAUUGCAGGGCAUGCAAACUUUGGAAAUGUCUUUGAUGCUGUUAAUGUUUACAAAUGCAUGCUACAUGAUGGAUUUAUACCUGAUGCAGGUACCAUUGUUAGUCUUCUUGCAUCAUGUAUGCAACCAGAGGCACUGUUUCAAGGUAUGUUGAUUCAUUCUCACGGAAUCCAAUUGGGUUGUGAUUUGGACAUAUGUGUGAUCAAUACCCUUGUGUCUAUGUACUCCAAGUGCGGAGAUGUGGAUUCUGCACGAUUCUUGUUUGAUAGCAUGUCGGACAGAACUUGUGUUUCAUGGAAUGUUAUGAUUAGUGGGUAUGCUGAAAAGGGGGAUGUUAAUGAGGCGUUUACCCUGUUUAAUGCUAUGGUUGUGGCCGGUGAUAAACCUGAUUUAAUUACCAUGCUUUCUUUGAUCUCAGGAUGUGGCCAAGUAGGGGCACUCAAGCUUGGAGAAUGGCUUGAUGACUACUCCGUUUCCAAUGGAUUAAAAGAUAAUCUAAUUGUUUGCAAUGCAUUCAUAGACAUGUAUGCAAAAUGUGGAAGUAUAAGUGAUGCUCGAGAACUCUUUUACACCAUCCCUACGAGAAGUAUUGUCUCUUGGACAACUAUGAUUGCAGGUUGUGCUUUUAAUGGAGAAUUUACUGAAGCUCUGAACCUAUUCUCCCAGAUGGUGGAGUUGGGACUGAAGCCAAACCAUGUAACAUUUCUUGCUGUUCUUCAAGCUUGUACUCACGGAGGUUUACUUGAGAAAGGACGGGAGUACUUUGACGUGAUGACUAGAAGAUAUAAUAUAAGUCCUGGGUUAGACCAUUAUUCUUGUAUGGCAGAUCUUCUUGGACGCAGAGGGAGGCUGAAAGAAGCUUUGGUGUUCAUUCAACAGAUGCCUAUCAAGCCAGAUGCAGGCAUAUGGGGUGCAUUGCUUGGUGCUUGUAAGGUUCACCGUAAUGUAGAGAUUGGUGAAUAUGCAUUGCGUCAUCUCUUUGAAUUGGAGCCCCAGGCUGCAGUUCCAUAUGUGGAGAUGGCUAACAUAUAUGCAUCAGUAGGAAGAUGGGAUGGGGUUGCCACAAUAAGAACAAGGAUGAGAUCUUGCAGAGUGAGAAAAUCUCCUGGACAAAGCCGCAUUGAAGUGAAUGCAAAGACUCAUAUAUUUACUGUUGAACAUAGAGGUCAUCAUGAAGGCAAGCUUAUAUAUGAAAUGUUGGAUGCAUUAAAUUUGUAUUCGAAGAAAGAAGGAUACUUCCAGCAUUUAGAUGGUGCUGAUCAUGAAUCGUGAUGAAACUAGAUGAAGAAUUCCUUUUCAUUUCUCUUCUUAGGAAAAAUUGCACGUCUAUGUGAAUAUUAACGUGGCAUUAGUUAGGAUCUUUAUCUUGGCCUAUGAAUGAGGAAUUUCAUCAUACAAGCCUAAGCUAUUAACCUCAAACAAUCUUUACCAGAGUACAGACAAAUCAAGACCCAAUAAUAGUGUCUCGACAAAUUAUACUGGAGAUCUUACUGAGCUUUAGAUUAUGCUUGUAUUAUAAUUUAUACAAGUUCUCUGUGUAAUGUACUACAAAAAUUUAUAUACAUAUAUAUAUGUAUAUAUUCUUUGUGCAAUGAAAUUUACAAUGAGAUUCAUUUUA